CCUGAUUAUAGAAGGUCAUGAAGCUUCAGCUCGCGAGCCGUUAGCAUUUAGCUAGCUCAUCCAUCGACUCUACAUCUCCGCGAGCAGGUUCAUUCAUCCGCCAAAAAUGGAGUGGGCAAGUCAGCUAUGUGAGAACCGAGGCUUGGGAUCCAAGAUGACAGACUCCAAAUAUUUCACCACAACCAAGAAAGGCGAGAUCUUUGAGCUGAAGGCAGAGCUCAACAGUGAUAAGAAAGAGAAGAAGAAGGAGGCAGUGAAGAAGGUCAUUGCGUCUAUGACAGUGGGAAAAGAUGUCAGUGCUCUGUUUCCUGAUGUUGUGAACUGCAUGCAGACGGAUAAUCUGGAGCUGAAAAAGCUGGUUUAUCUGUAUUUGAUGAAUUAUGCCAAGAGCCAACCAGACAUGGCCAUUAUGGCAGUCAACACCUUUGUAAAGGACUGUGAGGACCCAAACCCUCUGAUCCGUGCGCUGGCUGUGCGCACCAUGGGCUGCAUCCGAGUGGACAAGAUCACGGAGUACCUGUGUGAACCUCUGAGGAAGUGUCUGAAAGAUGAAGACCCCUACGUGAGGAAGACUGCUGCAGUUUGUGUUGCCAAGCUCCAUGACAUUAACGCCCAGCUGGUAGAAGACCAGGGCUUCCUGGACACCCUAAAAGACCUGAUCUCUGACUCAAACCCCAUGGUGGUAGCAAAUGCAGUUGCGGCUCUGUCCGAGAUAGCAGAAUCUCAUCCUAACAGCAACCUUCUGGACCUGAAUCCUCAGACCAUUAAUAAGCUUCUGACAGCCCUUAAUGAAUGCACUGAAUGGGGUCAGAUCUUCAUCCUCGACUGCCUGGCCAACUACACACCCCGUGACGACCGCGAGUCACAGAGUAUCUGCGAGCGUGUAACUCCACGGUUGUCCCACGCUAACUCUGCCGUGGUGCUGUCUGCCGUGAAGGUUCUGAUGAAGUUCAUGGAGAUGCUUCCUAAAGAUCUAGACUAUUACGGCACCCUGCUAAAGAAACUUGCUCCUCCCUUGGUCACGCUCCUCUCAGCUGAACCUGAACUGCAGUAUGUUGCCCUGAGGAACAUCAACCUCAUCGUACAGAAACGCCCUGAAAUUCUAAAGCAUGAGAUGAAGGUAUUCUUUGUGAAAUAUAAUGAUCCGAUCUAUGUCAAGCUGGAGAAGCUGGAUAUCAUGAUCCGCCUUGCGUCUCAGGCCAACAUUGCUCAGGUGCUGGCUGAGCUGAAGGAAUAUGCCACUGAAGUGGACGUAGACUUUGUGCGUAAAGCUGUACGAGCCAUUGGCCGCUGCGCUAUUAAAGUAGAGCAAUCAGCAGAGCGUUGUGUCAGCACGCUGCUUGACCUCAUUCAGACCAAGGUCAAUUAUGUGGUGCAGGAAGCUAUUGUGGUCAUCAAGGACAUCUUCCGCAAAUACCCCAACAAGUACGAGAGUGUGAUUGCCACCCUGUGUGAGAACCUGGACUCUCUGGAUGAGCCUGAGGCCCGGGCAGCCAUGAUCUGGAUUGUGGGAGAGUACGCAGAGAGGAUUGACAAUGCCGAUGAGCUGCUAGAGAGCUUCCUGGAAGGCUUCCAUGAUGAGAGCACACAGGUGCAGCUGCAGUUGCUGACGGCUAUUGUGAAGUUGUUCUUGAAGAAACCCACUGAGACCCAGGAGCUGGUGCAACAAGUGCUCAGUCUCGCCACACAGGAUUCUGAUAACCCUGAUCUGCGUGACCGUGGCUACAUCUACUGGCGUCUGUUAUCUACAGACCCUGUGGCAGCUAAAGAGGUGGUGCUGGCCGAGAAGCCUCUGAUCUCAGAGGAGACAGACCUGAUUGAGCCCACCCUGCUGGAGGAGCUCAUCUGCCACAUUGGUACUCUGGCCUCAGUCUACCACAAACCCCCCAGCGCUUUUGUGGAGGGCAGCCGUGGCGUUCAGCAUAGGAGACUUCCUCCUCGUGCUGGCUCUGUUGAGAGUGCCGAGAGCCCUGAAGUUGGCCAGUCUGGACCUUCUGAAGCUCCAUCCGCUGUCAUUCCAUCACAGGGUGAUCUCCUGGGUGACCUGCUGAACCUGGAUCUGGCCCCGCCCACUGCCACUGUUCCUUCAGUGCAGCCCUCAAUGCAGAUGGGAGCCAUGGACCUACUGGGAGGAGGUCUGGAUAGUCUGAUGGGCGAUGAAUCAGAUACGCCGGGUGUUUCCCACAGGACAGAGGUGCAUUCUCCCCAGCCAUCAUCUGAUUAUAGUGAGAGAGAGCUGGGAGGAGACAUCGGCGGAAGUCCUUCGAUGGGUGCCGGUCUGGGGGCGGCCCCAACAGCCAUGCCUGCUGCUCUCGGUGGUGCUCCUGCUGUUGGAGGUGGAUUGGGUGACCUUUUUGACCUUGGUGGGGGUGUUGGCAUGCCAACAGGAUUCUACGUUGUUCCUAAAACUCUGUGGUUACCGGCAAUGAAGGCUAAAGGGCUCGAGAUUUCUGGGACAUUUGCCCGACGCGGUGGGAUCAUUCAGAUGGAUAUGUCUCUCACCAACAAAGCCAUGAGCGUCAUGACUGACUUCGCCAUUCAGUUCAACAGGAACAGUUUUGGUCUGGCCCCUGCUGGCCCUCUGCAGGUUCUGACUCCUCUGAGCCCCAAUCAGACCAUUGAUGUCAGUCUGCCUCUCAGCACAAACGGCCCCGUCAUGAAAAUGGAACCGCUCAACAAUCUGCAGGUAGCUGUAAAGAAUAACAUUGACGUGUUCUACUUCAGCUGCCAAUUUCCCAUCAGCCUGCUCUUUGUAGAGGACGGAAAGAUGGAGCGUCAGGUGUUCCUGGCCACCUGGAAGGACAUUCCAAAUGACAAUGAGGCACAGUUCCAAAUCAAAGACAUCCACCUCAACUCAGACGCGGCCAGCAACAAGCUGCAAGGCAGUAAUAUCUUCACCAUAGCCAAGAGAACAGUGGAGGGGCAGGACAUGCUGUACCAGUCCAUUAAACUCACUAAUAGCAUCUGGGUGCUGGCAGAAAUGCGUGUGCAGACUGGAAACCCCAACUACACGCUGUCGGUAAAGUGCAGAGCGCCAGAGGUCUGUCAGUUUGUGUACCAGUGCUAUGAGAUGGUGCUGAAGAACUGAAAUGGAGGGAACCAAGAGGAAACCGCAGGUCCUGGGCAUCAUUUGGGUGACUGAAAACUCAAAACUUGAUUGGACCAGUCAGAGAAA